UAUAAAUGAGACUUCGGGGAAACUCCCUGCUUCUCUUCAGCUAUUCCCUGUGGGUGGUCCACUUUGCUCACGUUUUCCUGAGAACUCCUGCCACGUGCUGGUUUUCAUUCUCUUCUCUACCUUUCAGGCGAAGUCCUGCGUCUGUCACGUGUGUGGUGUCCACCUGAGCAGGCUGCACUCUUGCCUCCACUGUGUCUUCUUUGGCUGUUUCACAAAGAAGCAUAUUCACGAACAUGCGAAGUCGAAACGGCAUAACCUGGCCAUAGAUCUUAUGUAUGGAGGUAUCUACUGCUUUUUGUGUCAAGACUACAUAUAUGACAAAGACAUGGAAAUCAUUGCCAAAGAGGAACAGCGGAGAGCUUGGAAGAUGCAAGGUGUUGGAGAGAAGUUUUCAACUUGGGAACCAAGCAAACGGGAGCUGGAACUGCUAAAACACAACCCGAAAAGGCGAAAGAUCACCUCUAACUGCACCAUAGGUCUGCGCGGCCUCAUCAACCUGGGGAACACCUGCUUCAUGAACUGCAUCGUCCAGGCCCUCACCCACACCCCGCUGCUGCGCGACUUCUUCCUCUCCGACAGGCACCGCUGUGAAAUGCAGAGCCCCAGCUCCUGUCUGGUGUGUGAGAUGUCCUCCCUUUUUCAGGAGUUUUACUCUGGGCACCGAUCCCCUCACAUCCCGUACAAGUUGCUGCACCUGGUGUGGACGCACGCCCGGCACCUGGCAGGAUAUGAGCAGCAGGAUGCUCAUGAGUUCCUCAUUGCGGCCCUGGACGUGCUGCACCGGCACUGCAAAGGUGAUGAGAACGGGAAGAAGGCCAGCAACCCCAACCACUGCAACUGCAUCAUAGAUCAGAUCUUCACGGGGGGGCUGCAGUCGGACGUCACCUGCCAAGUCUGCCAUGGAGUCUCCACCACAAUAGACCCCUUCUGGGACAUCAGUUUAGAUCUGCCUGGCUCUUCCACCCCAUUCUGGCCCCUGAGCCCAGGGAGUGAGGGCAGUGUGGUGAACGGGGAAAGCCACAUGUCUGGAACCACAACACUUACGGAUUGCUUGAGAAGAUUUACCAGACCAGAGCACUUAGGAAGCAGUGCCAAGAUCAAAUGUAGUGGUUGCCAUAGCUACCAGGAAUCCACGAAACAGCUCACCAUGAAGAAACUGCCUAUUGUAGCCUGCUUUCAUCUCAAACGAUUUGAACACUCGGCCAAACUGAGGCGGAAGAUCACCACAUAUGUGUCCUUCCCCCUGGAGCUGGACAUGACCCCGUUCAUGGCGUCCAGCAAAGAGAGCAGGAUGAAUGGACAGUACCAGCAGCCAUCAGAUAGUCUCAGUAAUGACAACAAGUACUCCUUAUUUGCAGUCGUCAACCACCAGGGGACCCUGGAGAGUGGUCACUACACCAGCUUCAUCCGGCAGCACAAGGACCAGUGGUUCAAGUGUGACGACGCCAUCAUCACGAAGGCCAGCAUCGAGGACGUGCUGGACAGCGAGGGAUACCUGCUGUUCUACCACAAACAGUUCCUGGAGUAUGAGUAGCCUUAUCAUCCGCUGGUCAGAAAAGAGAAGGCCAUGAAUUGCAAGCCCCACAAAAUGACUCCAGCCACCCAGCAUCACGACACCACCAUCCACCCCAAAUCCCCUGUGACACAAGCAUCGAACCCUCUGCCUCCACAGCCUGGGCUCAGGGUUGUGGGGAUCGAGUGGACAGCACUGUGGGAGAGGCUCCAGGAACUGCACAGCACAAGCAAACUAAAGGGAGGGGCAGAGUGGGUGUGUCACUAGUGUAUGUCCUGCUCCUCAAACUGUGUGGGUGACUGGGGUGGUGUCCCCGCAGCACCAAGCAGUCUCACCCUGGUGCUUCAGUUCUACCACGUGACGGCACAGAGUGUUAAAAGGCGCCAGCCUAUUUUAAAAUCAUGGCUCAGUGAAGCAGUAGAAAAGACAAAGGUAUCGUGCAGGUCAGGACUCUGCAAGUGUCAGUGUGAGUUUAGUGUGAAGUCUGUGUAGUGGCAAACUCAGAUUCUGCCAGCAGAGCCUGCGGAGUGGAAGACGCUGCCUGGGAUUGUCAGUACACCUGUGCGGUGACAUGGCAGACGCAUGUGGAGGCGCCAGCCUGGGCUCGCCCCUCCCUCCGUGUUCCAGGAACAACAUUUUCUUAUCUCCUCCCCCACCCCUGCCACCCCCCCGCCGCCUUCCAGGGUGGUGAAUUUCGUAAGUGUAAUCUUAGUAAUGUGAAUGAGUCAAGUUUAUCCUGAAAUUUAGAUAGUUUUUUCGUUCCUGAGAGGGAAGCUUGCUUUGGGUGCUGUUCGUUGCUGCGCCCGCCCCCAUCCUUCGGAAGCACCUGUGUCCUGGGUGAAGCUGCGGGUGCGAGUCAGGUGCAGGUACAGCUGCCCCCUCCGGGGACUCUGGAGUAAAUGAAGCGUUUUUCAGUGGAGUCAUUGUUUUCCUUCACGUUUUCUCGGCUGCCUGUCCUGUUGGCUGUCCCUGUCACUGAUGUGUCUGGUGGCUGGUGUGUUGAGAGGAAGCUGGAGUGGUCUCCAGUGGAGACGGACGGCGUUGCAUCGCUGAGGGCCUCUGCUUUCCCUUCAGUGUAGUUUAAAUUGUGGAAGAAGUGACUUUGUGAUUGACCUGUGGAAAGAGCUGGUAGAGGAAUGCCUUGUCCUUGUGAGGUAUGUUGCAUGCAUCUAUCUGUCCAAAUCCCAACUUAGAUAUUUUGGUCCAUUUCUGAGAUACUGGACCCAGAGAUGUAGGAGAGGAAGAGUUCCCGCAGUGUCGUUUGUGAAGCAAGCUGUCUCGUCAUGCGAGCCGUCUGCAUCUGGGCCGUGGUGUGCUCACUCUCCGAGAAGAGGACAGUCCUCUAUUUCAGGGCAGCAAACCUUUCAUAAAGAGCCGGCUGGUAAACAUCUUAGGCUUUGUGAGUCUCUUGCCACAGGUAAUAUGUAAACAAAUGAGCCUAGCUUUGUUCCAGUAAAACUUUAUGGACACAAGUUUGAAUUUCAUGUAAUUUUUACAUCAUAAAAAUUUUUUCACUGUUUAAAAUGUGUUAACUAUUUUUAGCUGACAGUCAUACAGAAGCAGGCAGUGGACCAGAUCUAGCUCAUUAGCUGGUUGAGUUAGGGGACUAGUCACUUCAGUUGAGUAAAGUACUAGAAUAUGCAAAGCAGCAAUCCUGCAGAAUCAUCAUAUAUGGCAAAAUUCCUAGUGAGAGGUUUUCUUUUUCUUUAUUUUAUCUUUUCCAUUACCUUUCAUCCCCCUGUGCCCUCCUCCAGCUCUACUCACUCCCCCUCCCCCGGCAGUCCCCACACUGUUGUCCAUGUCCAUGAGUUUUGUUCUCUCUGUUUCUCAAUCCCUCCAGCCCCCCCACAGCAGCCAGCCUGCUUUCUGUCCAUGAGUCUGUCUCUAUGCUUGUUUGUUGAUUAGAUUCCACAUAUGAGUGAGAUCCUGUGGUACGUGUCUUUCUCUGACUGGCUUAUUUCACUUCGCAUGAUGUUCUCCAGGUCUCUCCCUGCUGCCGCAAAGGAUGAGAGUUCCUUCCUUUUAAUGACUGCGUUGUAUUCCGUGGUGUGCAUGGCCACAGCUGUUUUACCUGCUCACCAACUAAAGGGCACUUGGGCUGCUUCCAGAUCUUGGCUACUGGAAACGAUGCUGCAGUGAGCGUAGGGGCCUGGUUUUUGAGCCAUUUGCUCAGCCAGUUCUCAGUUAUGUUUCUGCGUUUAUGGAACACGGUUUUUAAAGCAUGUUUUAAAAAUAGCAAGUGUUUUCAGAGAAGUAUACAUGGGUGCAGAUUUUUAGAAAUGGCCACGUGUUCAAGGUGUGUGUGUGUGUGUGAGAGAGAGAGAGAGAGACUGCUAGGAAGUUUCUUUUGGGGAGCGGUGUGGUGGUUUAAUAAUGCGCAAAUCUAAUGGAAAGGAGAGCUGGCUGAGGUUGGCGUGAGGGCUUCUGAGCUGUGAAGGCUUCCUGCGUUUACAGUCUGUGUCAUCGCUUCAUUGGAGUGUUAUAAAUGCAGAGUGGGGACGAAGCAGCUGUGUUGACCUUGGAGUUUCUGGAAGAUUACCUGUGGUUUGGGCGCCUCUGCUGCUCCCCUGCACCUCUUCCUGUCUUUGUUGGUAUCCAGAGGCUCAGCUGCUCUGAGAACUCAAGGACUUGGGAAAGACAGUGAGGACAUCAUUUUAAACUUUCAUAUUCGCAUUAAGAGAGUUCUCUUUCUUCACUUGGCAUUGGUGUUCUAAGCGCUUGCCUCUCUGCUGCUGAGAAAUCUGCUGCCACUGGGAGGACAACUGGGGGAAGGGGCUGCUGCCCUGGUGCUUGCCCCCCGCCGAGAUCCUGUGGUCGACCUGCUUAUUUGAAUUUACCUUGUUAGGAACAAAAUAUUACAUGAUGGUUCUGGAAAUUUUCUUUUUUAAAAGCUCCCAAUCUAGCUUUUCUUUUUUUUUUUUAAUAUAUCUUUAUUGAUUUCAGA